AGAAUUCACUCACCUCUCAAGUCUCAUCCCAUCCAUCUUAAUACAUAUAUUUAAUUUGCACAUUUUAUUAUUAAACUAUGCCUUCAUCAACACUCUCCACUGUUCUCUCUGACAUCAAUGACUUCGUGGUGAAACAAGGCCAUGGAGUGAAGGGCCUUUCGGAGCUUGGCCUCCAAACUCUCCCCAACCAAUACGUUCACCCACCGGAGGAGAGGUUAUCCAGCAUGGACGUCGUUACCGACGACUCCAUUCCGGUGAUUGACGUCUCAAACUGGGAGGACCCAAAGGUGGCUAAGCUCAUUUGCGAUGCCGCCGAGAAGAGGGGUUUCUUCCAGAUUGUGAACCAUGGGAUUCCCCUUGAGAUGCUGGAGAAGGCUAAGACGGCCACUUACCGGUUCUUUAGGGAGCCGGCGGAGGAGAAGAAGAAGUAUUCCAAGGAGAAUUGUCCGACUAGCCAUGUGAGGUAUAGUACAAGCUUUCUUCCACAGAUAGAGAAGGCUUUGGAGUGGAAAGAUCACCUCAGUAUGUUCUAUGUUUCCGACGAAGAAGCUGCUCAAUAUUGGCCUCCUUCUUGCAGAGAUGGUGCACUGGAGUACCUGAAAAGCUGUGAAAUGGUGAGUAGGAAGCUAUUGGAGGCAUUGAUGCAAGGACUAAACGUGAACGAAAUUGAUGAUGCCAAACAAUCACUUCUAAUGGGUUCACGUAGGAUCAACAUCAAUUACUACCCAAAGUGCCCCAACCCGGAUCUCACCGUCGGCGUCGGCCGUCACUCCGACAUCUCCACCCUCACACUCCUCCUCCAGGACGACAUCGGAGGCCUCUACGUGCGUAAACUGGAGCACGAGGCCUGGUCGCACGUGCCGCCGGUGAAAGGCGCUCUGGUGAUCAACAUCGGCGACGCUCUCCAGAUCAUGAGCAAUGGUCGAUACAAGAGCAUCGAGCAUCGCGUUAUGGCCAAUGAGACCAACGACAGGAUCUCCGUCCCUGUUUUCGUGAACCCGAAGCCUAACGAUAUCGUGGCGCCGCUCCCGGAGGUGCUGGCGAGCGGGGAGAAGGCGGUAUACAAGCCGGUUCUCUACUCCGACUACGCCAAGCAUUUCUACCGGAAAGCUCAUAAUGGGAAAGACACUAUUGCCUUCGCCAGAAUAGAAUAAGGAAUGGAAGUUCAAUAUCAACUAUACUAAUCAUAUGCGAUAAUUACAUAUUUGUUAGCACUACUUAGCAUGCUUCAUUAUUUUAUAUGUUUCCAAUAAGUUCGAUUAUUAUGAAAUUAAUAAAAACUUUCACCCGAUUGUUUAAUGUA